UCUCCCUCCCCCUCACACAGUUACAAGCCAUCCCGCCCCCUCACUCCCCCUCACUCUUCAAACUCCACACUGACAAGCCAAAUAGAACUGAUGAAACAAGAGAGUCAAAACGACGGCGGCGGGAACAGCUGGGCACGUGUGUGCGACACGUGCAGGGCGGCGGCAUGCACUGUGUACUGCAAGGCCGACAUGGCGUAUUUGUGUGCGGGCUGCGACGCACGUGUCCAUGCGGCGAACCGCGUGGCGUCGAGGCACGAGCGUGUGUUCGUAUGCGAGGCAUGCGAGCAAGCCCCGGCUGAGUUUCUAUGCAAGGCAGAUGCGGCGUCGCUUUGCAGUGCGUGUGAUGCUGAUAUCCACUCAGCCAACCCGCUGGCGCGCCGCCACCUGCGUGUUCCGAUUCUGGCCAUCUCGAGCUCCCCAUACAGGGCUCGGGCGAAUGGACCCGGUGAAGAAGAUCCUUUUUUUGAGGCGGAGGGAGAUGAAGAUGAGGAUGAGGAAGAGGCGGCUUCGUGGUUGCUGUUAAAUAAUCCUGCAACUGCUAGAAAUGGUGGUAACAACAACAGUAACAGCAAUGGGUUCUUGUUUGGUGGGGAGGUGGAUGAGUAUUUGGAUCUUGUGGACUACAAUGGCAAAACUCAGUAUGUUGAUCAGUAUAAUACUGAUAAUAAGGAGCAACAACAACAACAAUAUGGCUUUCCUUACAAGGGUUAUGUGGGGGAUGGUGUUGUUCCUCAUGUUCAAUGUGAAGUCAAGGAUCAGCAGCAACAUCUGAUUAAUAAUUUUCAGCUGGGUUUGGAUUAUGAAUCUUCAAAAGCUGCCUACAGUUACAAUGGUUCAAUUAGUCAAAGUGUCUCAAUUUCAUCCACAGAUAUUGGUGUGGUACCAGACUCAACAAGUGAAAUAUCCAUCUCUCAUUCAAGGCCUCCAAAAGGGACUAUUGAUCUCUUCUCAGGGCAUCCAAUUCAAAUGCCCCCCCAACUGAGUCCAGUAGACAGGGAGGCCAGGGUGCUUAGAUAUAGGGAGAAAAAGAAGACAAGGAAGUUUGAGAAGACAAUCAGGUAUGCCUCAAGGAAGGCCUAUGCUGAAACUAGACCCCGAAUCAAGGGCCGAUUUGCCAAGAGGACAGAUGUUGAAGUUGAAGUGGACCAGAUGUUCUCCACAACAUUAAUGACAGAAACUGGAUAUGGCAUUGUUCCUUCAUUCUAAAUCCAGAUCAUGAGAGCUAUUGGAAAUUGCUACUAUAGUUGUACCACUGAUAUAUUGUAGGUCUUUUAGUCUAAUUGCUAUCAAGUAAUGAGAUAUGUGUUCUAUAGUUUUAAUAGCUUUGUUAAACAUGUCUUAUAGUCUUUUUUAUCCUUGCCACCAUGCAACUACAUUCUUGUAAAAAUGCAAGUAUAUUUAUAGUUUUGGAAUUACAGAUUUCGACUUGCAAUA